AGCAUCACAUAUCAUACAUCAUCUGCUUGAUCAGCGCAAAGACCUGCGAGCAUCAAAUCAUAACUUGAGGCAAAGAUGGCGUUCAUGCCCCAGUCCAUUCAGGAUGUGCAAAAGGCGGUCGAGAACAUGAUUGAGGACCUCCAAAAGACGGUCCUGAUGCCGAAGCAGAAGGAGGCAUUCCUAUGCUGCGCCAAGUGCUGCGACUCGGCCGGGGGUGCUCGGGACCUGGAGGCGUGCGUGCAGCGCUGCUCGCAACCCACCGCGGAGAGCCAAAAGGUCAUCCAGCAAGCGCUUGGAGACUUCCAGGAGCGCUUCCAGCGGGCGGCCAUGCGGUGUCAGGAUGAGGUCAAGGACCAGUUCGGCUUCGACCCGUCCCAGUCGGACCAGAUGCGCGCGCAGGAGAAGUUCAACAGCUGCAUGGAGCUGUCGGGCAAGGAGUUUCUGAGCAAGGUGCCCAAGCUCAAAGCCGACAUGCUGGCGGCGCUGCGCCGGCGCUAGAGGGCAGGAGGGGAUAAGCCCAAGCCGGCGCUGGAGGGGAGGAGGGAUAAGCCCAAGCCGGCGCUGGAGGGGAGCGAGGGUUGCAUGGUCCCAUCAUCAGAAAGCCGGAUGGAAGGCGGCGAGCUGGGUGCAUGCCUGGGAGACGUGGGUAGCCUGCAUGGGGAGGCGGCGAAGCAAGGCAGGAGCGUGAACGAGCGGAGCGGGGGCAGCACAUGGUGGGCGUGCUUGGAAGUAAGUGAGCGGAUUUUACGUCGUUGGAAGGGUCCGGGCGCGCUGGGGCUGGAGCACGACGAAGGGCCGCCCGGCCAGGGCGGCAAAGGGAUGUUCUUUCAUUUCAUGGACGGAGUUAUAGUGCUGACUGCCUGUUGGUCUGGACUGAUGCACGAUUCGCGUGAGAUCUAGGGCAGGAUGACGGUUGCAAGGUACUCGCCUGCACGUCGGACUGCAUCGGGUGAAAAAAACUUGGGUCUCUAACACCAUUGGCGGCAUACAAUGUAAGAAUGGACUGCU